AAAACACUCUUUCAGCAUCCUGACAGGUAGCCAAUGAGAGCGUCCUGUCGCACGAGCCCGCCGCCUCCCCGGCGCCGUGUCCCGCGCGCUCAUUGGACAGACUGCUGAAACCCAGGGAACCCGCACACGAGCCGCUCGCGUGCAGGCCCCAGCUGUAUAAAAGAAACCCGAGGAGCCCGUAACAGGAGCGGUCUGGAUGUCAGCUUGGCGAGUGGACAGAAGUCGCUUUUGAGCGGUGGUGUUGUCAUCGACGAGGAUCUCCGAGGUCUGCCAGGAGAAGGCGGGACACACUGAACUGGACUUUUUACUGCUGGGUAUUCGCAGACCGCUUCUGCAGGUUUUCUUUUACUGAUACCCGCUGAACUGAAGAUGCCAGCCGGUACUUUAGAGAGAGCAUCUCCGUCCGCUGUGGCUGCCACCCCUACAAGUGGCGACUCCACGCCCGAGAAACCCCGGGCUUUGACAGAGAGCAGAAAGUCUUCCAAACCAAUCAUGGAAAAGCGAAGACGCGCGCGCAUCAACGAGAGCCUGGGUCAGCUGAAGACCCUCAUCCUGGACGCACUCAAGAAAGACAGCUCCAGACACUCUAAACUGGAGAAGGCUGACAUCCUUGAGAUGACUGUGAAGCACCUCAGGAACCUGCAGCGACUUCAGAUGACUGCUGCUGCAAACACAGACCCCUUCGUUCUGGGUAAAUACAGAGCCGGAUUCAGUGAGUGUGUAGGAGAAGUCACCCGUUUCCUGUCCACGUGCGAAGGGGUGAACACAGAGGUGAGGACUCGCCUCCUCAGCCACCUGGCAGCCUGCGUGGCCCAAAUCAAUACUCUGAACUUCUAUGGACCUCACCUUGGUGCGGUUGGACUCGGACAGACCGGCACACAGAUUCCAGUCGCUUCAGUCCCACAGAUACCCUGCAAAAGCAAUUCGCUCAUGCACGCUCCCCCAGAAUCGAUGAAACUCUAUGGAGGCUUCCAAGUGGUGCCCACGCCCGAUGGACAGUUUGCGUUUCUCGUGCCCAGUGCAGCCCUCGGACCUCUGACCGCACAGAACGGUCACCACGUGUCACCUGUUGCACCGGCUGUCACCUCAGACUCCGUGUGGAGGCCGUGGUAGGAAGGAGUAGAUUGUGAGGAGAAGAGGACUUUCACACUGUAAAUCAUAUUUUUGUACAUUUUGUACAUUUUGUUAUUACACUGAGGAAACUUUAGACACAGUUAUGUUUUUUUAUAUGGACUAUAAAAGUUAUUCUGGGCCUCUUUUCUUGCUGUGGGUUUUCUAUUUUUGAUACUGCACAGUUUAUGUUGCCUCUGGGCUGAGAAGCUCCCGAAAAGCACUGUAUUUUCUGAAAUAAAUAAAAU